CCCUUUGAUUGAGUACCCCGCUUUCUAUCACAAUCACUCAUUCCAUCACGACAAACCCCAUUUUCCCAAACAAGAAAUCUUGGCAAAGCCAAUACCACUGAGACUAUCAUCACACCUUGUCCUCUAUCGAAUUGAUUUCUCUUCUUGUUUCAGUUACCGGAAUCCUAGCGUGAUUGACAGGAGGACCUAAUUCCGGUUAGUUUACAGUCUACGGUGACUCGUAACUUUUAUUUUGUUAAGUUGAGGUUUGUGAUUUUUGAAGCGGUUGUUGUGGAGCAGUAGAUGAGCUUGCGGCUGGGUUUGAGAUAAAACGGCAAAGGUUUCUUCACCGGAUGGAGGGAGGUAGCGUCUCUAGACUUACUUGUUCUGCUGCAGGGGUAUCCCAUGGAUUAUGAUGACAAUGAUUUUCAUAGCCAGAAUAAUCACUUAGCUGGUGAAGGGACCACCAAAUUUCCUCCGGUUUUACAGCCAUGUGCUCUUCCUAAGUUUAAUUUUGAUGACAGUCUUCAUGGACACUUAAGAUUUGAUAGUCUGAUUGAAACAGAGGUUUUUCUUGGUAUUCAGAAUAACGAGGAUAACCAGUGGAUUGAGGAGUUCUCCAGGGGAAAUAGUGGGAUAGAGUUCAAUACAAGCACUGCAGAGUCUUGCACUAUUUCUAGGCGCAAGAAUGUUUGGUCUGAGGCCACCUCCUCAGAAUCUGUUGAAAUGCUAUUAGAAUCUGUUGGGAAGGAAGAAAUUAUUCCCGCCCACCCUACAAUUAGAGAGUUAAAUGCCUGUGAUGAGCUAGGCUGUUUAAUAAAGCAGAUGGAACCCAGUUUGAAGAAAGAUAGUACCUGUCCACCUAAAUCAGGGGAUAUUACAGAUUUGUGCCCUAUAGUAUCACCAGAUGAAAUUCCAGGAAAUUUCUCUGGGUUAAAUCAGGAUGUAGGAGUGGGGCAAUUUCAUGUCGAGGGUACUUCACAAAGUCAUAAACCUGAAUCAUCUGGUGAUGGGACUUCUGGUGGCCUGGAGUUUAGUCAAAAGACUGGUGUGCCAAUGGCUGAGGGGGUUCAGUUUACAGAUGAUAAAAGUUGUUAUUUCAGUUGCGUGGUAGAUCCUUUGGAUUUUAAAUCCCUCACUAAUAGGAAAGAAGACAGUUCUGUUUCAGGGGUGCCAGAUAAACAAACAAUCACCUCUAUGGACAAUUUGGUUACUAGAAAUGCUGAGUUGAACAGUAAAGAUGACCUACAUCAAAUAAAUAUCAGUUAUUCUAGUCUAGAUGAUAUGCAGGCAGAUAGUGGUGUAGAGGGUAAGAAACAGCAGUUAUUAAGCCAAGUGGCCCUAGUUAAUGAUCAAAAUCUAAAUGGAACAGUGGUUGAAAGUUGUGAUUCUCACUUGGAGGAUGCGCUUCUUUCAGCCUCAGUGGAAAUUGCAGUGGAAGGCAACAAUGUAGAAGCUAGAAUGAGUAAUUUGGAUAAACCCUCUCAUUUAUUAUUAAAGGGGGCUCAUGACUUACCUGUGGUGGAAGGAUGCAGUGAGGGUAUUCAGUUGAGCACUGCUUCUCCGGCUAGAAAGUUAGAAGAUGUGGUCUUGUUGAAAGACUCAGUGAUUGAUGAUCAAUCUCAAGUAAGUACCUCUGAUGUAUCACCAAUGACCUCUGAAGGUUAUAGUAAUUUUGAAGGGCAUGAAGUUGAGGGCAGCAAAACCAAUACUGGAAUUGGUACCAAUUCAGAGCCAAAGAUGGAAUCUGUUGCUAUGUUAACAUGUGGACAGGAUGACACAGUCAACAAGGAGGAUUUCCUGGAGACUAGUUCCCAGUUGGAUGACAAGAACUUGGUCAGUCAACCUGAGGCCUCUUUGUUGUCCGUGGAUGGACAUAAAGCUUCAAAUAAUGAUGGAAAUGGAGACCACAGAGAGGUUGAUGUCUGCGAAUGUCAUGAAAAUGAUUCCGUUGAUAAAGAGGAGAGAGUGGGGUUUAAUCCUGAUCAUGUUAUUAUGGAGUCUGAAGUUGCUGGAUCAUCUAUUGUUGAUAAGGGCGUUGUUUCCUUAUCUUCAGCUGAAGAAAAAAAUGAAUUGGCAGUUGCAGAAAUACAACCCAAUGCUACUGUUGGAAAAGAAUUAGCAUCUUAUAUUACCUUGGAAAAUGCUAGCUCGGCAUAUUGUGGCGCAACAUAUGAUAUUCCAACACCUUUAGGAGAUGGCUGUACAACAGAGGCCAUUACUGAUCCCCAAGAGGUUCAACAAACAACUUCACCUGCAGUGACAAGUAGUCAUACAAAUAAAGAGGAAAGUGAAACCAAAAUUUCGAUGGAAGCAACCAAUUUGGAGUCAUCCUCUGAAGUUAAAAGAGAAGUUUGUCCCAUUUCUGCCUCUGAAAAAGGUGCAUCUUAUGACACUGCUGGACAGUUUUCAUGCAAGGCAGUUGAUUAUCCUCUGUCAGACGUGGAUGGUUGUAAUACUGAUAACCAAAUUGGGUCCCAAACAGCAGUAACCAACAAAUGUGACCUGGAGUGCAUAGCGGCAACUGAAAUAAGUUCUGUUAUCAGCGAUUCAACUAUAGGGAAGAGUGAUAGUGCAGAAGCACUAGUUACCUCUGAAAAGCAUGGGGAAGUGAUCGUAAAAGAACAUAAUAGAAAGGAAAUAGCAGGAGCUUCAGACUCAGUGUCAACAUUAAACAAAGAGAGGAAUCUUAUAUCCCUAGAGGAGGGCAUACCUGACACUAGCCAAGAAGUUCCGAAAGGACAUGAAGCUGUCUUCGCAGCUGCCGAAACAAGUUCUGGGGACAUUGUUGUGACGAUGACAGAUGAAUAUCCAUUAAAGAUCAUUGCGAGUUCUUCUACUCCUUCACCAUUUAAAUCUCAAGCUAAGCUCAAUGCAGUAGGGAGUGGAAGCAAUUCUAGAGAUGUUGAUAAAUUGACUUCCAGUGCCCCUGCUGCUGCUGUAUCUAUGGAGCUUUCUCAGAGAGAAACUGGACAGGAGCGAGUCGCUAGAUCCAUCAACCAAUAUGUUUCGGUGUCUCAGAUAAUUAAGGGUGAUACCAGCCAGGUUUUGUCUGUUCCUCAGGGGGAAAAGGGAAAUGAUGUCUCCAAGGGUGAUAGUAGCAUUACAUUUGAGGUCAGUUCUUUGGCAGAUUUGUCCCGUGCAGAAUCUGGCGAGAAGUUGCAUCGCCCUUCCAUCAAGCGAGCCAAGAAAAUAACCCCAAUUGUAGAGGGAUCUCCUUCGACUUCUGCUAGGGUCCAAUCAGAUCCUCGGUUUACUCAAGUUGUUACCCAGGCAAAUUUGAAGGUACCUGAUGGUUCUAAAGGUACUCCACGCCGAACCAGGCGAGCAUCUGGUGAAACCACAGGAAAAGAAAAUGCUAGAAAGGGAAGUUCUUCUAAAGAAACAACCCCUGUGAGACAAUUAGGAAAGGGAGAAAAAGCAAGCAAUGCUUCAGUGACGUCAUCAGGGAUUCAUCAGCUUCCACAAUCUGAUGAGAUACAACAUUAUGGGCAUGUGGAUAGCAUUGGCAGUGGUAUAAAACCAUUUUCUAUUGCUACUACGGCUUCUUGUUUGCUGGAUCGGAAUUCUUCAGCUUCAGUUUCUGCAUCUGUUGUGUUUCAUCAACCAUUCACAGACUUACAACAAGUGCAACUGCGCGCUCAAAUAUUUGUCUACGGAGCAUUGAUUCAAGGAACAGUUCCGGAUGAAGCAUAUAUGAUAUCGGCAUAUGGAGGACCAGAUGGUGGGAAGAGCAUUUGGGAGAAUGCUUGGCAUGCAUUCAUAGAGAGGCUUCAUGGUCAAAAAUCUCAUCUCAACCCUGAGACACCGUUGCAAUCACGUUCAGCUGCUAGAGCUCUUGAUAUAGCUAUUAAGCAAAAUGCGCUUCAAACUUCUGUUGGUCCAGCCAACAGUCAGGGUACUCCAAUGAUUUUCAACACCACCAUCCCUCACCCUUCCCCGCUAUGGAGUAUUCCCACACCUGGUGAUGCACUGCAAACAAGUGGCUUACCGAGGGGUGGAAUCUUGGAUUAUCAGCAGACACUUUCUCCAUUGCAACCUCAUCAAACUCCGCAUAUGAGGAAUAUUGCUGGAUCCUAUUCUGCUUGGAUAUCUCAGUCCCCAUUCACAUUGGUUGCUUCUCCACUGAACUCUGCAUUUGACACCAGUGUUCGUCCUCCAGUAUUGCCUAUCACAGAGGCAAUUCAGUUGGCUUCUUCAAGAGAGUCAUCAUUGCUACAAUCCUCAGGUGUUGAGCAUCUUUCAUCUGGUCCUAUUGUACAGAAUGUGACAUCAGCAAGCGUUUUUCCUGGCAUUUCUACGCUGCUUGAUGGGAAAAAGGUGGCAGGAUCAUCAGGACUGCAAUCCACUGGACCAAAGUCUAGAAAAAGGAGAAAGAAUUUGACCCCUGAGGAUAUUGGCCAGAAUGUAUUACAUUCUCAACCUGGCAUGGAAUCAGUCUCUGCUCCUACUGUUACCAAAAAUCUGCCUACUACUGUCCACAGUACAAACCCUACUACCUUUGUUUCAAAAGUCUCUGCAGAAAAACUUAUCACAUCUAUAUCUUCUACAUCCACUGAUCUUCUCACGAAAGAUGCAGAGCCAAGAGCAUUUUUGUCAGAGGAGACCCUUGGUAAAGUUAAGGAGGCUAAGGCACAGGCAGAAGCUGCUGCUGCUCUUGCUGCUGCCGCUGUUGGUCAGAGCCAAGAGAUGUGGAGUCUGUUGGUUGAACAGAGGAAUUCUGGGUUGCCUCCAGAUGUUGAAACUAAACUAGCUUCUGCAGCUGUUGCUAUUUCAGCGGCAGCAGCGAUUGCAAAGGCGGCAGCUGCUGCUGCCAAUGUUGCCUCAAAUGCUGCGUUGCAAGCAAAAAUGAUGGCUGAUGAAGCAUUUGUUUCCAGUGUUACAAGUAAUCCUAGUCAUUGUGAUGCAAUUUCUCUUUCAGAGACUGUGAGAGGAACAACAACUCCUGCGUCCAUCUUGAAGGGCGGAAAUGGUUCGAACAGCUCUAGUUCGAUCCUUGUUGCUGCAAGGGAGGCGGCCAGAAGAAGGAUUGAAGCUGCUUCAGCUGCCUCGAAACAAGCUGAAAAUAUGGAUGCUAUUGUAAAGGCUGCUGAGCUGGCAGCAGAAGCCGUGUCUCAAGCUGGUAAAAUAGUUUCUAUGGGUGAUCCUUUACCUUUGAGUGAGCUUCUAGCUACUGGACCUGAGGGUUAUUGGAAAGUGUCCCAUGUAUCUUCUGACCUGGUCAUGGUAUCAAAUGAUGGGGUUAGAGAACCAUUCCAUGUAGAUAGCGUCACAGACCACUUAAGAUUGGACCCAUUAGACAAGAAAGAAUACCAGAGCAGUAGCCAGGGAAUAUCACCUACUGUAAGAGAGACGCAUGCAGAGCAUCAAGGGUUAUUUGGUUCUGAUGCUGCUGGUGUAAAGGAUCCAAAAGGGCAGAAGGGGCAGAAGACAUAUGAUUCAGCUAAAACCAUUGAUGUGGUUCCUGAGUCUGAGAGUGGAUCAAUAUCUUUGAUCAACAUGCAAAAAGAAGCCACUGCGGAAGCCGUAGAAAAGAAAAGCAUAAAGGAGGGUUCCCAUGUAGAGGUUUUCAAAGAGGGGGAUGGAUUUAAAGAAGCUUGGUUUUCAGCCAAUGUGUUGAGCUUGAAGGAUGGAAAAGCUUAUGUUUGUUACACAGAACUUGCAUUGGAUGGAGUGCCAGAGAAGCUAAAGGAGUGGGUGGCACUCAGAGGUGAAGGAGACGUUGCGCCAAAAGUACGAAUUGCCCGUCCUAUUACUGCUAUGCCAUUUGAAGGAACAAGGAAGAGACGCAGAGCGGCAAUGGGGGAUUACUCUUGGUCUGUUGGGGAUAGAGUUGAUGCAUGGAUGCAAGAUAGCUGGUGGGAAGGAGUUGUUACUGAGAAGAACAAGAAAGAUGGAACUUUGUUGACUGUCCAUUUUGCAGCUCAAGGAGAAACAUCAGUUGUAAGAGCAUGGCAUCUUCGGGCUUCUCUCAUUUGGAAAGAUGGAGAAUGGACUGAAUGGUCCAAUUUAGGAGAAAAUGUGCUCUUUUCUCAUGAGGGUGAUACGCCACAGGAAAAGCGACCAAGGAUUGGGAGCCCUUCAAUGGAUGUCAAAGGGAAACAUAAGACAUCAAAGAGUGUUUCUGUUGUGGAAUCUGAUAAACCCGAUGACACAAGGUUGCUUGAUUUAUCCAUGAAUGAGAAAAUAUUCACUAUUGGUAAGAGCAUCAGAGAUGAAAAGAAACCUGAUACGCUCCGCAUGAUACGUACUGGCUUACAGAAGGAAGGAUCGAGAGUAGUUUUUGGUGUGCCUAAGCCUGGGAAGAAACGAAAAUUUAUGGAUGUAAGCAAACAAUUUGUAGCAGAUCAGAGCAUUAAAGUCAAUGAGUCUAGUGACUCUUUUAAUUUUGCGAAACACUUGAAGCCUCAGGGAUUGGGAUUCCGCGGGUGGAAAAAUACCAAUAAAAUUGAACCAAAGGAAAAGCAAUCGGCUGUGGCAAGGCCUAAGGUCCUCAAGUCUGGGAAACAGCAAAGUCUUCCAGGCAGAGCAGUUCCACAAAAGAACAAUUCAGUGAAUGCUGAAGUUUCUACUCAUGGAGACGCUGUUAAAGAUCAUGUUGCUAAGCCCAAGGAUUCUGUCACCCAGGAUGAGAGUACAUCAGGAAAGAAUAAUCUGUUGGUGUUUCAAUCUCUCUCUCACCCUGACAGAGCAGGAGAGGGGCCCAUAUUAUUUUCAUCAUUGCUGCCUCCAUCAGAUGCUCUUUCAUCAAAGAAAAAUUCCAUUGGGAAUUUAAAAUCUGAAAGGGCAAACAAAGGAAAACUUGCACCUGCUGGUGGAAGAUUGGGAAAAAUUGAGGAAAACAAGGUUUUCAGUGGGAAUUUUGUGAAGCCAACCUCUGAUGUUACUGAGCCUCGUAGAUCUAACCGCAGAAUUCUGCCAACAUCAAGACUAUUAGAAGGAUUGCAAAGCUCAUCGAUCAUUUCUAAAAUCCCUUCUGCAUCACAUGACAAAAGUCACAAGAGGAGUGCAUCGAGAGGUAAUAACCAUGGUUGAGAAGGGAUCCAGAUAAAGUAAUUAGUUAUCGAUGGUCCAGGAGUAGUUUUGUGCAUACCAACGAAAGAGGUGAAAGUUAUAUAUGGAAAUUAUUGUUUCCCUGGGUUUAUAGUUGUGAGAUGUAGUCGGUAGAUAUAGCUUGUAGAUUAUUCAGAAUUAUGAUUUUAUCUCCCUAGGUUUACCUGACAGGUGGUAUAUGGAAAUGAUUCAUAAUGUUUGGCUUGAAAAGCCGGUAGGUUUUGCAGAUGAUUAUGUGCUACAUGGUAUGCUGGCUUCACUGAUGAGGUUCGACAUCUAAUUUGUAUUGUAUUAUGGAGGGAAGAUGCGGUUUGGUUUGAGCAAUGGAAGGAAAACCUGCUCAUUUUGUGAUUUGAACAAUCAUUAAUCUGUAUGUGGUCCAGAAAUCCAUUUAGUAAUGAAACCUUUAUAUGUUGCUUUA